AUGAUUUUACCCACAGUUAACUACGCCAAAAUUGAUAUUUUGCGAAAAGUUUUCAUUUUGCUGCACAAAUUUUGGCAACAACACCAAAAACCAAAACUCACCGCUCCCUUCUCCACUUCCACAACUCACUUCCACCGACUCACCACCGUCAACUCAUCUUUACCGUCACCUUCCGGUAACCCUAAUCCGGAAAAGAAGAAGCUCGGAGGAAACACCGUCAACCAUAUUCUCACCUUCCGUCGAACCAUCGAUUCCCACCUUCCGUCGAACUCAGUCCUUCUCCCACUCAUAGCGUUGAACCCAACAAUGCACUCUUCUCCAUACGUCUUUGCCGGAAUCUUUGAAGAAAUGCAUAGUGGUAAUGGCUCUAUGGCGGCGCAAAUGAAGGUGUUUCUGGCUGCUGAAGGUGUUUUCUUUGGGUUUCUAACUGGGUAUGGCUCUGUGGCGGUGCAAAUGAAGGCUUUCUUUGAUUCUACGGGGAUUUUGUGGCAGGGGCAGAAGCUUCCAAGAAAACCGGUUGGGUUUUUUGUUAGUACUGGCACUCAAGGUAGCGGUCAAGAAACCACUGCAUAAUGAUGAUAAUGAUGGAAAUUGAAAGUGCAUUGUGGAAUUGGCGGGACAUUUGUAAUGAAUAUAGGCUUUUCAAGGGCUGUAUUAUAAGUGUUUCACAUAAACAUGUAUGUAGAGUCUGGUAGUCUAUCAAUUUAUGAGAAACCUUUGGAUAUGCUUUCUUUAUUUCAAAUUUGUUAUUCUUUUGAUAUGCUUUUCUUGUAAAUUAUAAUCCUUUAAGCUAAUUAUUAGCAACUUCCAUUCAAGUUACGUGAUGGAUGAAGCUUUGUUAAAAGAAAAAAUAUUCAAUAAAAGGAAAAUUAUGGUGUCAUAAGACAUGUAGUUAAUGUAUUAACUAAUCACACCGUAAGAAAAGCGAAUAAAUUGUUCGUGAAAGUUCACCUGAGAUGCCAGACAUGAUGUUUUUUACUUUUCCCAUCAAUUGUUGAAAAAUAGUGAGAUUCAUUAUCUAUCAAGUGUUUGUCCUUGUUAAAGAUACAAUAUAAAAACCACCUUAGGCUUAGGUGUUCCUAUCUAUCUCUUUGUACAUUACUCUUAUUUUUGUCCAUGUUAAAAAUCUUACAAGUUUCCAUUCAUGUGUCUUCAUGUAGCAACUCAAAUUUUUGGAGAAGUUCGUUCAUGGAAUCAUGUCAUUUUAUAUGUGAUUGUAUUUGUUUCUUCAUGUAACAACUAAA